AUGUCACUCGCGGCGAUUGACGAUCAUCAGAAAGGCGAUGUCGUCCAUCUGCAGUAUCUCCUGCGCAAGCGGGAGUACCACUUGGCCGAGCUAAUCAACGAGGUUGUUUUUGCGGAGCAGGAGCGUUACAAGGCGGUGCAGGAGGCACACGGCCUGCGCGAGCUUGCCACUGGCCUCGAGGACGUCGUCAACAAGCUGCUCGAGUAUCACAUAACUAUUCACAGAGAGGUGCUUCUUCCAGUGUUGAAAGAUUCCGCCGGUAACAGCGGCGAUGCACGCAGCGUCGGAGCGUCCCCGGCAGAGAACUGCACAGGUGUAGGGUCUUCGAAAGACCUCCUCGAGGACCUUCUUGGCAAACCGCGUCUUCCCAGCGAAACGAAGAGCCUGCUUCAGACGGCUCUGGAACAGAAGCGGAGAGGCGAGCGACUGUCGAGCGGUGGUAUAGGGCUGCACGGUAACUCUUCCCCUUGGCGACUGCCUGCCGACGCAGAGGCGCCAGUGCAUCAAGCCACACAUCGUGCCAUUGCUCUCAGUGCCUCUCUUCUGCAAAACCAAGAGAGACUAGCGCAACUGCUGCACAGCAUUCAGACCCAAGCAAAGAAUCUGCUCCAUCACUGGGAUGGCGUAGGCGGCACGGAAGCACAAGACGGAUGCCCGUCCAGCGAGCCCACCGUGCGACAGCAGGGGCCAGCAGGCAACGUCGCGCCCUUCCGACUGGAGAACCUACACCAGCACAGCAGCCGUGCUCGGGCAAUAGAAGAGGCACUGCGAAGCGUUGAGAGGGAGCGGGAUGCUUUACAAAUGCAGCUGCGCGAAGGCGAUGCGGCUGCUGCCGCUGCCGCAGUGAGAAGCGCACCAGCGCCGGUUGUGCAACCAGACGAGUCGUGGAUGGAGGAGAGGGCACAGCUCCAGAAGGAGCUUGCCUACGCACAGCAACGCGUUCUGCAAGAGCAGUCGCAGAAUCAGAUGCUGAAAAGGCAGGUCUCACAACUGGAGAAAGUAGCUUUGGCGUCGCCGAUUGCGCCAUCUGCGGCGGGCUCAUCCACCUGCACGCAUUGUGAGCAGACGCGCGCAGAUAUGAAGAAACAACUGUCGGACUACCACGCCGCGAAGGCAGCGUGGAAGGCGGAUGAGCAGCGCCUGAAGGAAGAUAUUGCAUCCCUUCGACUCCAAGCGAAGGAGUCCGUCAAGGACGCUUCGCUGCUGUCAGCGUCUCCGUCUGUCGGCGCAUUGGCAGGCACACCUCAACGUGACCCAUCGUGGCCCGCCAGUGAACGCAAGAUUGGCCAGCUCGAGGCCAAAGUUGCCGCCAUGAAAGCAGACCUUCAAAUCAUGGAGAUGCGCUUGGCAAUCGUGCAGGAUGAGCGUGACGCUGAACAGCGCCGCAUCCUCGCCGCACACGAGCGAGAGCGGCAGCGCCUGUGCGACGAGCGAGACGAGUGCCAGAGAAUCAUAGACAAAAUGUCCCGUGAGCUGCAGGGCCUCUCUCGGAUGAGCUCCAGCGCGCCGCCGGCUAUCACAAGCACCGCCGGCUAA